UACUUUUAUCAUAGGAGGUGUACUAGUCACGCAGCGGCAUCAGAGCGACGUCCACACAGCAGAGACACACGACGCUCAUAAAUCAGCCGUCUUUAUCCGGGUUCCUCCAGGCUCACCCAACCCAGGACUAUUAUUUGUUUAUGCAAAGAUAUUUUAUGCCUACAAAUAUGCUGCUGUGUUCACACUUCGGAAGACGAAGAAGAGGCCAGCCUUAGAAUAAACUCCCCACAAGUUGAAGUCCACCGCGGAGAGGAGGAAAGAAACAGUUGUCGCGGACUCUCUGAUUGACUCCUUUUCCACGUUAGCUGAACCUUUGGGACACUCCAGCCGGUCCAGAUGGAAGCCAGAGGAAAGUAUGAUUUUUCUGCAACCGCAGACGACGAGCUCAGCUUCAGAAAGGGCGAUAUACUUAAGAUUUUAAGCCCACAAGACGAGUGGUAUAAAGCUGAGAUGAACGGAGAGGAAGGAUUCGUACCACAAAACUACAUUGAGAUGCACACUCCAAGGUGGUUUCAGGAGAACGCCAGUCGCAGCGCUGCAGAGGAAAUCCUCCGGCACAAAGGUGUGGGAGACUUUGUGAUCCGAGGGUGCCAGAGCUCCCCGGGAGACUUCUCCAUCUCUGUCAAACAUGAUAGUGACGUUCAGCACUUCAAAGUGAUGAGAGACAACAACGGCCAGUACUUCCUGUGGUCGGAGAAGUUCACCUCCUUGAACAAGCUGGUAGAGUUCUACAAGUGCACGUCCAUCUCUAAAACCAGGGAGAUCUACCUCAACGAUGGCAGCUCGGACAUUAAGAGCCCCUCCGCGACCCCGGCGGUGAAGAGGGGAAGUUUGCCUGAGCAACGUAACACAGCUGCAGCCAUCGUUGCUUCACCGCGCAGAGCUUCAGACCAGCCUCACAGCCAGCUGGCUAAGAGAUCGGGUCUGGAGGAGCGAGCUCACACCAUCGGUCACACAGGAAGAAACAGCCCCGUCGCAGCUGCCUAUCCCCCCCGUCGCACAUCUGAAACCAUGCCUCUCCCCCAGAGGGUGUCCACGCUGCAGGUAAAGGCGCUGUACGACUUCACCGCAGAAGAAGAAGACGAACUCGGUUUCAGCGCGGGUGACAUCAUCGAGGUGUUGGAUCACUCUGACGCGUCCUGGUGGAAAGGGAAGCUGCGGGGGAAAAGCGGGCUGUUUCCUUCCAACUACACAAUACAGCUGUGAAAAAA